UCUCAUUUACUUCACCUCCUUUAUAACGACGACAACAACACACAAUGGCAAAAGGCGACAUCCCCACACCUCCAGGAACCGGCUACACCGGCUGCCUGACGCCCGAGCAGAAAAAGACCCUCAAGGAAGUGUGGUCCAUCAUCUUCACGAUUGCGGAUUCUGGCGAAGCAGUCGUCUCCACGGACAUGAUGCGCGAGGUCGAGAAGGAGGCCAAGUCCGGCGCAGGCGCUCAAUCGGCUACAGUCCAAGCGGCAGCUAAGGCGGGCUGGUUCUCGAGCAACAAGUCCGCCAAGGCCGAAUCGGAUGCCAAGACAGCAGGAUAUAGCGCCGGUAUGGCCAAGGUCUCGCUGGCGGACUUGGGAUUGAGCGUAGACAAGUUGAGACCGAUUCUAUGGGACAACGUUAUGGGUGAUCAUCCCGAUGCUUUGCUGCUGAGAUUUGUACGUGCGCGCAAGUGGAACGUUAUGAAUGCGCUCAAUAUGCUGUUCAAGGCCUUCAAAUGGAGACUGGACGAGGACAUUCCUGCAGUCAAGUACUCGACCGAUGUUCAGCUCAACGCCCAGUAUCCCAAGUUCUUUGAGCAGCUUGAGAUGGGUAAAUUCUACAUCCACGGUACCGAUUUCGACAAUCGCAUCGUUGCGUACCUGAAUGUCCGCCUUCACCAUCCCGGUGAUCAGCCCGCAAAGACCCUCGAGAAACUGACCAUCUACGUGAUGGAGUGUGGCCGUGUUCUGCUUGAGCGCCCCGUCGAGACCGUCUGUCUUGUCUUUGACCUCACUGGGUUUUCACUCUCCAAUAUGGAUUUCGCCAUGGUCAAGUAUCUUGUCACGAUCUUUGAGGCCUACUACCCAGAAUCUUUGGGCCGCAUCAUCAUCCACGGCGCUCCCUUCGUCUUCUGGGGUGUCUGGAAGAUGAUCCAGCCUUUGCUGGAUCCCGUGGUUGCUUCCAAGGUCCGAUUCACGCGUUCAGAUCAGGAUUUGCUCGAACACAUCCCAGCAAAUCAUUUGCCAGACCGAUAUAAGGGUGGACUGGACCGCUAUAGGUACUCGUACCCACAUGCUCAGCCUGGAGAGAACAAGAUCAUGGAGGAUACGGCGACGAAAGAGAAGCUUGUGACAGAGUGGAAGGAGACCUUCUGGAAGUUCGAGGCGCUGACGAGAGAAUGGAUCCAGGUCGGAACACCCGAGGCAACAUCGAAAAGGUCAGAGGGGGAGAUUGAGAAGGAGAGGGAGCAGGUGGCGAAGGACUUGAGGUUGGCAUUCUUCAAGAUGGACCCAUACAUCCGCGCGAGGAAUAUGUUCCACCGAACGACGCCGCCAGUUGCGAAUGCGGAUGGAAGUGUUCACUGGGUCUACAACAACUGA